AACUUCCAGUUUCUACUACAGUUAGCUGCACUGUGUGUGACUGCGUGUUCUGGACUGACUGACGCUGAACGCUGGCUGGCUCGCAGUCGAUGUAAGUAAGACGGUGAAAGUGAAAGUAGGGCUCCAUAACUGUGGAAAGCACCGGAGCAGGCAGUCCACACACCGGCAGUCAUCACAGGAGGGAGAAAGAGCUCCGGGUCCGAAGGCAGCAGCACUUCAGCAGACAUAGCCAUGGCUAACAUCGCGGUCCAGAGGAUCAGGCGGGAGUUCAAAGAAGUUCUCAAAAGCGAAGAGACAAGUAAAAACCAGAUAAAAGUAGAACUGGUGGAUGAGAACUUCACAGAGCUGAGGGGGGAGAUAGCAGGUCCUCCAGAUACACCAUAUGAAGGUGGCAGAUUUCAGCUUGAAAUAAAAAUCCCAGAAACCUAUCCUUUUAACCCACCAAAGGUGCGUUUCAUCACUAAGAUCUGGCACCCUAAUAUCAGUUCUGUGACAGGAGCAAUAUGUCUUGACAUUUUAAAAGACCAGUGGGCAGCAGCUAUGACCCUGCGGACGGUGCUGUUGUCUCUACAGGCUCUCCUUGCUGCAGCAGAACCAGAUGAUCCCCAGGAUGCAGUAGUAGCAAAUCAGUACAAGCAGAACCCAGACAUGUACAAACAGACAGCGAGGCAGUGGUCUCACGUCUUUGCAGGCGCACCUGUCUCCAGUCCAGACUACACCCGCAAAAUAGAUAAACUCUGUGCCAUGGGCUUUGAUAAGAAUGCAGUUGUAGCAGCCUUGUCUUCAAAAUCCUGGGAUGUGGAAACGGCGACAGAGCUGCUCCUGAGCAACUAAAGCGUAGCCAGGUGUGAGGAUCCCAAACUCCCAUUGUCAUAACAUCAGCUCCCCCCCAGCAUCCAUUCCACCAUUGCCUUUUGUUACACAGACGACCCCCCACACUCCCCCCAUUCACCACAGCAGUGUGAGCCUUCUUCAUAACAAGUUGGUUUGCUCGAACUCAACACCACAAUCGCCAAUGUGCACAGCGCCCUGCCACUACCGUCUGUUCUUCCACUAACUCAACAUGUUUACUUGAAAAGACCACAAGAAACUUCAAUCAUGCAUCUUGACUUCCAUGCCCAUUAUUUACAUUGGAUUUGAAACUUCUUUUUCCACAUGUCUUUGUUCCUGAAUAUUGCAAACAAUCACAUAACUGCCAUUGCUUGAGGAUUAAACCCUGUGAAGGAAGUCCUGGGUCCUGCUCUCUCAGUGCAUCACCAUUUCGCUCUCCAGCAAACGUUUGGCCCUGGUCUCACUGUAUUACAUUUACACAGCUGGAUAGUGUUCUGCAAAGAGCAAUAUAAUGGAUUCUCCCUAACGGUUUAUCUCGGAUGCUUUAAUUACCUGCAGAGUUUUUUUCGAUCAGUAAAUGUAGGUAAGAUCACACAAACAUCUGAACAGAAGUUAUCUGUAAAUAGAUGCGUGUACAUUUGAAAAUACAAUGGGAUAUACUUUUUUUUCCUUACAUGGCAUUGUAGAACAAAUUAUUUUAAACAUAAACUAUGCCUAGUUUACAACUUUAUCAAGAGAUAUCUUUAUAUGCUUUUGUGAUUUACCAGAAAAUCCCUCUGAACGGCCUGUUGUGCUUUUUUUCUUAGAUUGUUGUUUAGGGAAGGCACAACAUCCUGGUCCUAGUGGGACAGGAGAGCCAGCUCAGGCCACCUUUUCUUGUCUUUGCAAGUUCUCUGCUGCCUUAUUUUAUUCGGCCAAAUGGUGUGGUGAUGGGGGGCUGUCUGUUCAACAUAACUUCACACUUUGUAAUCUGUGGAGAGACACCUGGAAGCUCGGCAAGCAACUGAGGCACUAUCCGUAGGGAACCAGUCUUUUCUGUUGAAAAUCUUCUCUCCUGCUCUGAACAGAUUGGCACGGUAUGACAGUGACUCUGAAUUUCAUCAAGUGUUUUGAGUUUGCAAUGCUGUGUUUUUAUUAAUUUCAGAGCAUCACUUUCAGCCACGUGUCAAGGACCUGCUCACCCUCAGUCCUGCUGAAGUAGAACAUUUAGGGCUUUAUUGCUUGUCAGUGAUCCCAUCCCGCAGGACUCAAUCAAAAACCUUUGCCCAUAUAACGGUGAAGCAAUCAGACAUGCUUUACUACUCAGCCAAUUAAAAUGCUCAUUGAAGUCGACUUAUGAGUAGUAAAAUAGGCUGGCACUCCUCUGAAGCACAUAGCAGGCCAGCUGUGUUUCCAGACAUUUUUGAUUUAAGGUACAAGGACUGUGAAGAAAUGCUCAGCAUACAGAGAAGUGGGGUGUCAAUCAAUCCUCACACAUGGCCUUUCUUUUAAAAAGGAAAUGUCUUCCUUUUGCUCGCCCUCCACGUCAGUCCCUUCCAAUGCAGUUAUCGUGCUCUAUCUCCACAGUGUAGCCCAGAGCCCAAAAGAACCCUGGUUCAGAGGUAGAAGGAGCGCACCAUUUCUGUUCAUUGUAAAUAGUCCAGUUCUUAAUAAAGAGCUGUCUCGUAUCACGAGUGCACCAUUGAUGGCUGGAUCUAUAUUUUGUAAGAAAAAGAAAGGACAAAAAACUGAAAUGAAGCCCCCUCCCCUAUUUUUUCUCACUAUGUAAUAUAUUGCACGAUGAAGCAUAAAAUAAGGGGCUGUUCGCAUCUCAGUUUAUCCAUUUGGAUUGAGAAUUAUUUUCCUCUUUUUUCUUGGAAGUGAGCAUCAGCAGUAUAAAAAGCAUGGUUAUUUAUUGUGACAGUGUCAUGUUUCUUUGAUUAAAAAAAGUGGAAAAUCAA